UGCAGUUAAAUUUCAGGGGAAUUUUUUUUUUAAUUUCAGGGGAAACGCUGCAAGAUGAUCAUGCGGCAAGAAUGGCAGCAAAUAUUGGAGAAUUAAUAAUGCCACAUGACCAUGAACGACAGUUUCUUCAGACUAAAGAGGAGGUCCAUUUUGAGAGAAAAACUGUUGUGGUACCUUACUAUGGUCACCAAGCAAUGCCUCACGAUGAUCGCUGUAUAGAAAAUAAUGGUAACUGCUCACAGAAAUGUGAAACUGUGGAACAUGAAACAGUUUGCUCUUGUUAUGAAGGAUACACUCUCACAAGCCCCACUGUCUGCACUGAGAUUUCAGGAUGUGACUUUGUUUUGUCAGGAACUUCAGGAGAGUUUACUAUCCGUAACAGUUAUUGUCGGUGGCUGAUAAAAGCACCAAAGGGUCAUAUUGUAGAAAUCACAUUGCACGAAACGACUAAUUAUUAUGAAGAGGAUUACAUGAAUUACGGUGCGGAUUUUGGAUAUAUAUAUAACGGAGACACUACCGAAGCAAGUGUUAUUAAGCGUCUCUAUCCGAGUACGGAAGAAACUGUACUCAGAAGCUCUGGUGAAAACUUACUCAUUACAAGUGGAGAAGAGUGGGAUUCAUAUUCCUUCACACAACGUGUUUCAUAUGUGACAGGUUUCAAAUAUCUAGAAAUUGAAGCUGGUGAGUAUGAUGGCCAUCUAACACUUCCUGUUUCUUCAUUACCUGUGGGUGAAGAUUGUUUGUCUCUGACAUACAGUAUACCACAUGGUCCCCUGAUGGUGAGGCUCAGUGACCAAUUAAUUAAUCCACAGUUUACCUUCAAG